AUGAGCGUAUUGGCAGCUGCUCGCUACGGCAAGGACAAUGUCCGCGUGUGCAAGGUGGACCGCGAUGAGAAGACCGGCAUCCAGACGGUCGUGGAGAUGACCGUAUGCGUCCUGCUGGAGGGCGACAUCGAGACCUCUUACACCAAGGCCGAUAACAGCGUCGUUGUCGCAACCGACUCAAUCAAGAACACCGUCUUCAUCACAGCCAAGCAGAACCCCGUAUCCCCACCGGAGCUGUUCGGCUCGAUCCUGGGCACACACUUCAUCGAGAAGUACAGCCACAUCCACGCGGCGCACGUUAACAUCGUUACCCACCGCUGGGUACGCAUGGAGAUCGACGGCAAGCCACACCCGCACUCGUUUAUCAAGCCUGGCUCCGAGACGCGCAACGUGCAAGUCGACGUCAUCGAAGGAAAGGGCAUCGACAUCAAAAGCUCUAUCAGAGGCCUGACCGUGCUGAAGAGCACCGGUUCCCAGUUCUGGGGUUUCGUCCGCGACGAAUACACGACCCUCAAGGAGACCUGGGACCGUCUCCUCAGCACUGAUGUCGCCGCGGACUGGCAGUGGCGCCGCUUCGCUGGUCUUGCCGAUGUCAAGACACACGUUGAGAAGUUCAAUGCUGCUUGGGAGGCGGCCCGCGCUAUUACCCUCAAGACCUUUGCUGAGGAUAACAGUGCCUCCGUCCAGGCGACUAUGUACAAGAUGGGAGAGCAGAUUCUUGCUGUUGAGCCUCUCUUGGAGACUGUUGACUAUGCGUUGCCUAAUAUCCACUUCUUCGAAGUUGAUCUCAGCUGGCACAAGGGUAUCAAGAACACCGGCAAGGAUGCCUCGGUGUACGCCCCCCAAUCCAACCCCAACGGUCUUAUCAAGUGCACCGUUGGCCGCGCUGGCCCAAAGGCUAAGCUGUAA